CAGACAGUUCUAUUAGCUUUGAGACUUUAGUCUGAACUAGCCUGCCAUUGUGUUUUCUCAAUGUUCCAAAUUAUGAACUCGAUGUUGGCCUGUCUUUUUCAGCUACCAUUUUGUCCUGGAACCACCCAGCAAACCUUCUUUGCUCUCUUUUUGGCUUUCUCACUCUAUUUACUUCUGCACUUUUGGCUGGUUCCUGGAGGCUUUGCAUGGCGAAACUACAACCUAAAUGGUGCCCCUAAACUAAGGGGCCCAUCAGGCUGGCCCUUGUUAGGGACACUGCCGCAAAUGGGCUCUUUGGCUCAUCGUAAACUGGCCACCAUAGCAGCUUCCUUUGGCUGCACUGGGCUCAUGGCAUUGAGUUUAGGUACCACACCCGUGAUCAUUAGUAGUGACCCAGAAACUGCCAAGGAAAUCCUAUCUUCACCUUCAUUCUCAGACCGUCCCAUCAAGGCAUCAGCUCGUUUGCUGAUGUUUGAACGAGCCAUAGGAUUUGCUCCUCAUGGCACUUACUGGCGCCACUUGAGGAGGAUUUCAGCAAGUUACAUGUUCUCCCCUAGGAGAAUAUCCAGCCUUGAGGGAGUUCGACAAUGCCUCGCAGAUGCAAUGUCAGAAAAUGUAGUGAAUGAGAUGAAGGGUAGAGGAGCUGUUGAGUUGAGAGGAAUAUUACAGGAUGUUUCUUUGAAGAAUAUGUUGGAAAGUGUCUUUGGAAAUAAUUUGGGUAGUGAAGGGGAAGAGUUAGGGCCGAUGGUUAGGGAAGGUUAUGAGUUAAUUUCUGAGUUCAAUUUAGAGGAUUAUUUCCCCUUAGGUCUAUUAGACUUUAAUGGAGUAAAAAGGAGAUGCCAUAAGUUAGCUUGCCGGGUUAACAAACUUGUAGGGCAGAUCAUUGAAGUUAGGAAAAAGGAUUUAGACCUUAAGAAGAGAAAUGAUUUCCUAAGUGUGUUGCUAUCUUUGCCCAAUGAAGAACAACUUAGUCAUUCUGAUAUGGUGGCUGUCUUAUGGGAAACAAUCUUUAGAGGGGCUGACACAGUUGCCACACUUCUUGAGUGGACCAUGGCAAGAAUGGUUCUACACCAAGAUGUCCAAGCAAAGGCUCAAGAAGAGUUGGACUCAUGCAUUGGGAACAACCAGAGGCAAGUCCUUGAUUCAGAUCUCCAAAACCUUCCAUAUCUUCAAGCCAUAGUCAAGGAGGUCCUUAGGCUUCACCCUCCGGGCCCACUUCUUUCGUGGUCCCGCUUAGCGAUCCAUGAUGUCUAUGUCGGCAAGGUUAAAAUUCCAGCUGGGACAACUGCUAUGGUCAACAUGUGGGCUAUAACCCAUGACCCAACAAUAUGGAAUGAUCCAUGGACAUUCAAGCCUGCUAGGUUCAUCGAGGAGGAUGUAUCCAUCAUGGGCUCGGAUUUAAGGCUUGCACCAUUUGGGUCAGGGCGUAGGGUGUGCCCAGGAAGAGCAUUGGGCUUGGCCACUGUCCAUCUUUGGUUGGCCCGAAUGCUUCACCAAUUCAAGUGGUUGCCAGCCGAAUCUGAACCUGUGGAUCUUUCUGAGCGCUUGAGACUUUCACUUGAAAUGAAGAAACCAUUAAGUUGCUCUGUGUUUACUCGAAACUAGCUUAACUUUGUUAAGCAAUCCAUAAAUGUUUAGAGGAACCAUUAAGUGAAUAGCUUGAAAGAUGGAUUAUUAACUGCUAGAUUAGCUCAACAGAGCUUGAAGUUGUAUCCAUUAUAGUAAUAGGCAAUAGCAUCGCAAAAAGUCAUAUGUGAUAUGUCUGAGGAGCUUCGAUAAUAGUAUGUUGCUAAUUGCUAUAAUAUUGAUAAUAAUUAUGUAUUGUUUUCUUUUUUAAAGCGUUGAUGAAUGAUGAUGGGUGACAUGUAAUUUGAUGCAUAUAUAUAUAUGAUAUAUUAC